CUACCUUCACUUCACUCUGUUUUCUUGCCAUGGCUUCUUCCUUUCGUCCCUCAAUUUCUUCCUUCAUGUUACCCUCCCUUUCUUCUUGCAACCCUUCUCAAAAGUUCUCUCUUUUUCAUCUGGGUAGCGGUAUUAGACGGUUUCAUGAUUUUGGCCUGAAACCUUCUAAGUUUUUGAGGCAUGAUGAUGAUAACUGCAUGAGGGCGAAGGCAUCUGGGAACACGUCCUCAAUUGCUGCACCAGAAAAUGCCCUGGAUUGGGUCAAACAUGACAAGAGAAGAAUGCUUCAUGUUGUGUAUCGUGUUGGGGACUUGGACAAGACCAUAAAAUUUUAUACAGAGUGCCUGGGAAUGAAGUUGCUCAGACAGCGUGACAUGCAAGAGCAGAGACAUACUAAUGCCUUUCUUGGAUAUGGGCCUGAGGAUGCACACUUUGCUGUUGAACUCACAUACAAUUAUGGGAUUGACAAGUAUGACAUUGGAGAUGGAUUUGGUCAUUUUGGUCUUGCUGUUGAUGAUAUCUCAAGAAUAGUGGAACUUGUCAGAGCUAAGGGUGGAAAAAUUACUAGAGAGCCUAUGCUUGUCAAGGGAGGCAACUCAGUAAAUGCAUUUAUUGAAGAUCCUGAUGGUUAUCAAUUUGAACUUUUAGAAAGGGCUCCCUCUCCCGAGCCUUUGUGCAAAGUAAUGCUUCGAGUUUGUGAUCUUGACCGUUCCAUCAAAUUUUAUGAGAAGGCUUUUGGUAUGGAGCUACUUCGAACACAGGAUGAUCCAGAAUCCAAGAACACAAUAGCAAUACUGGGAUAUGGUCCAGAGGAAAAAUGUACUGUCCUGGAGUUGACUUACAACUAUGGAGUCACGAAAUAUGAUAAAGGAGAUGCUUAUGCUCAGAUUGCAAUUGCUACAGAUGAUGUGUACAAAACUGCCGAAGCAAUUAAACUUGCAGGAGGGAAGAUUACUCGGGAACCUGGACCAAUACCUGACAUAAAGACAAAGAUCACAUCAUGUGAGGAUCCAGAUGGUUGGAAAACUGUUUUUGUAGAUAAUAUUGACUUCAGCAGGGAGCUGGAGUAGUUUUUAUGAGUCAUCAUGGCAAUUUUGAGACUUGCUCAAAAUUUGGGGCGAGGAGAAUAUUUGUUUAAUAUUUUUUUAUUUAAUUUAGUUUUUUUGGAAAUCUUUCAUUCUUUAAAAACAUCUUUUAUACGAAGAUAAAAAUAUAUUU